AGAUGAAAUUUCAGAAUUAUGGAUCUCGAGUAGUAUUUAUACCCAUCUGUGUUUGAUAGCACGCUAAGUACAUUAGAAGGAAAACAAGACGGGACGAAAUGCAGAAACGGAGGGCUGGGAGGAAGAAGUUCCACGAGACGCGUCACCCGGUCUACAAGGGGGUGAGGCAGAGGAACGGGAAGUGGGUGUGCGAGCUGCGACAACCUAACAACAAAAACGCGCGCGUGUGGCUCGGAACAUUCACGCACCCCGACAUGGCUGCUAUAGCGUACGAUGUUGCCGCCUUGGCUUUCAAGGGCGACAAUGCUUCCUUAAACUUCCCGCACGCCGCCACCUCGUUGCCGCGCCUCAACUCGCGGACGUGUUCCGUUAGGGCCAUUCAGUUUGCGGCGACGCAGGCGGCGGAGAAGCAUUUUUCUUGUGCAGAGUCUCAACAACUCCAAAGGGAGGGUUCCUUAGAAGGAUCAGGUUCUGGAAGCUUCUCUUUGGACGAAGACUCUUCGGAGUUUUCGUCAAAAGAAGGAGGUUCUGAAAGGUUCUUUUGGGAUGAAGAGGAGGUGUUUAACAUGCCGGAGUUGCUGAACAGCAUGGCCGAAGCGUUGAUUAUCACACCGCCGGCAUUGGAAAGAGGGUUCAAUUGGGUUGGUGGGGAAACCACUGUGGAUUUGACUCUGUGGUCAAACUGAUGACCACUUAGGUAAACCCAAAAAACACUUGCACACUGUCUCUCCAAACCAGAGAGGAACUUGCAAUUUCUGUUGCAAUAUAUAUAUAUAUAUAUAUAUAUAUAUAUAUAUAUAUAUAUAUUAAUAGUCUGUAGAUGUAAUUCAUCAUAGAUAUUAGUGAUAAAUUCAAAAGUUAUAUAGCGAUUGCUGUAUGGUCGAUAUUUUAA